AUGUCUCUUGUGAAGCAUUGCUUCACGGCCGUCCCACAGGGGAUCGCACUGCCCUAUAUCCAAUACAAGAACAACUUCAAUAUAAAUGAAAGAUGUGAAAAUGGGGAAACGGCGCUCAUGGUUGCCAGCGCGGGCGGUUAUGUUGAUGUGGUGAAUGCACCGCUAAGCCAUGGCGCAAACAUUAAUGAGCACAAUGUGAUUGGACAUACACCGCUGAUGAAGGCCGCAUGUGGCGGCCAUGUGAAAGGAGCCAAGGUACUUCUCGAGCGUGGAGCCGAUAUCAACACCCGCUCCAAUGAGUACAACGAGAGUGCAUUGUCAGUGGCUAGCUACAAGGGUCAUAUUGAUUUGGUGCGUUUCCUACUGCAAGCUGGCGCCGAUCACUUGAACUUCGCUCUUUCAGCGGCUUCAACAGGUGGCCAAGUGGAAGUAGCGCAAUUAUUACUAGACUCCGGAGCGCAAGUCAAUAGUUCCACUUAUCCACUGCCAUCGCCGCUGGAAUGUUCAAUUAACAAUAGUGACGUUGAGGUUACCACUUUGCUCAUCCAGGCCGGCGGCAACAUUAAUGGGGCCAUUACAAAUGGCAACACGUAUCUCAUGAUGGCAGCUGGCAAGGGGGACGUGAGAAUGGUGAACUUAUUAUUGGAGAGCGAUGCGGUUGUGGAUGCAACGAUGGAAAAUGGAGACACGGCGCUGAUGAUUGCCUGUAAGAAAGGACAUACCGUUGCGGCUAGUGUGCUCCUCUCAUAUGGCGCUAAUUUGGAGCACACGACGGAGGACAGCCCCAUCACUAUUCUCGAUCCAUCACUAUUCUCGUCUGUCAAAUAUUUCUGA